AUGGUUCGCGGAUCGCUCGGGAGGUUGGCGUCGCGCACCCUCUCCGUCGCCGGCAAAUGGCAGCACCAGCAGCUCCGCCGCCUCAACAUCCACGAGUACCAGGGCGCGGAGUUGAUGGGGAAGUUCGGGAUCAACGUGCCCAAGGGCGCGGUGGUGGGGUCAGUGCAGGAGGUCAAGGAAGUUUUGAAGAACGUCUUCCCCAGUGAGAAAGAGAUGACGCCAUUGCAGAUAGUUGUGAAAAGCCAAAUCCUUGCCGGUGGCCGUGGAUUGGGAACUUUCAAAAGUGGACUGAAGGGUGGUGUCCAUAUUGUUAAGGCUGAGGAGGCUGAAAGCCUUGCAGCUAAAAUGCUUAACCAGGUCCUAGUAACAAAACAAACUGGUCCACAGGGGAAGGUUGUGGGCAAGGUCUACUUAUGUGAGAAAAUGUCACUUGUUAAUGAGAUGUACUUUGCGAUCACCCUUGAUAGGAAGACUGCUGGUCCACUCAUUAUAGCUUGCGCCGAGGGAGGAACGAGCAUUGAAGAUCUUGCAGAGAAGUUCCCUGAUAAGAUUGUUAAGGUUCCUGUUGAUGUAUUCAAGGGAAUCACUGAUGAGGAUGCAGCUAAAGUUGUUGAUGGUCUGGCACCAAAGACAGCAGACAGGCAAUCUUCUAUAGAACAGAUUAAGAAGCUAUAUGAACUUUUCUGCAAGACCGACUGCACAAUGCUGGAGAUAAAUCCUCUUGCCGAGACAGCUGAUAAAAAGCUAGUUGCUGCUGAUGCAAAGUUGAACUUCGAUGAUAAUGCUGCGUUUAGGCAGAAAGAAAUAUUUGCACUGCGUGAUACAACACAGGAGGACCCCAGAGAGGUGGCUGCUGCUAAAGCAGAUUUGAACUACAUCGGGCUUGAUGGAGAGAUUGGUUGCAUGGUGAAUGGUGCAGGAUUGGCAAUGGCUACGAUGGACAUCAUUAAGCUGCAUGGUGGUACACCUGCCAAUUUUCUUGAUGUUGGUGGGAGUGCAUCCGAGGGACAGGUUGUGGAAGCAUUUAAGAUAUUGACUUCAGACGAUAGAGUGAAGGCAAUUCUAGUGAACAUUUUUGGAGGUAUCAUGAAAUGUGACGUGAUAGCAAGUGGAAUAGUGAAUGCAGCUAAACAGGUUGAUCUUAAGGUCCCUGUUGUUGUUCGGCUAGAAGGCACCAAUGUAGACCAAGGGAAAAGGAUUCUUAAGGAAAGUGGAAUGACAUUGAUCACUGCAGAGGAUCUUGAUGAUGCUGCAGAGAAGGCUGUAAAAGCAUCAGUCAAAUGA